GGUAAUGUGUUGGUAAUGUGAGGCGUCUUGUUUGUUAUGAAUUGAUAUUUUGGCUAUUUACAUUAAUUAAAAAAGUGAAAUUUAAUUAGCGACUUAGACUUUGCAAUGUUGUUUAUAUUAUCUCAUUGAUAAGAAUCUCCAUUAAAAAGGUCGAGAUGGAAAGAGGUAAAAUGUCAUCGGCAGGCCGUGGAGCCAAAAGUAAGGCCCCUCAGCAUCCCCAGGAUAUUUUCGCACUUGGUAGCAAGUCCACGGUGGUCGUCUCUAGAGAUUCUGAAAAGAGAAACAUACACAAGCCUUCUACGAGUGGUGUAGAACGAAAACGGGAAUCUUCAGGGUUUGGUAGUCAGCCACCAAGCAAGAGGUCCCGUAUAGGCUCACCAGCGGAAACUGUCGGGGGAGCCUCCUUAGAUGUGGAGCCAGUUGAUUUAGUGCCUAAUGUUCUUCAAGCAUUAGACACUCAUAAUUCUGAUAAACUAUUGGGACUGUUAACUGGAUCAAUUCGUUUGCUCAAAUCUCAACGUUCAAAGGCUGAUAUAAUUCUCUGUAUGAGUCUACUGUACCUUACAAAGAUAAGACCGAACAUGUUUGCUCAUGAGACCGUCACCCAGAGUCUUUGUACAUUGCUGAAGAGGGAGCAAGGAGCUGCAUUUAAAAACAAAGGCAAUCCACUUGUCUUUGUUUUAGCUUGUAAUAUGUUGUAUGCUGGACAUAAAGACAGUUCUAACUGGCCUGAUACAUUCAUUAAGGUGUACAUUGAGGAUGCGCUGAAUGAACGCUGUUGGGUGGACUGUUCAUGGUGUAAAUGUUUUGUUGAGAACAUUGUCACCGCAUUCAACACUAAGCAGCCCCCCUCACAUCUCAUACCCUCGGAUAAUACGCUGGGUACAAUAUCACCAUCAGGGUCAGGCUCUCCGCUGCUGGGUAGUGCGGACGACGACAACGAGACCGACCUCGAGUACACCGUCUCACCACGAUACACAAGCAGUUAUGAAACAGUGGAGGCGAUGGUGCUGGAAGCCAUUAAGGAGCAAAUACAGCGGCGCACUGCACCAGAUACCAUCGGCAAAGGCUUCCUCAAACUGCUGUCCGCUACGUGCGGCUUCCCUGAGAUCCGUAUGAUAGCUGCGUCUCGGCUGGAGGCGUGGCUGCACUCGGGCAAGCUGUGGCGCGCGGCGCAGGAGCUGCUCGCGUACGUGUGCGCGAACGCGGCGGCGGCGGGGCCGAGCGCGGCGCGCGACCACGAGGUGCUGGCGCAGCUCGCCCGCAUGCGGCUUAAAACUAAACCGCUGCAGGCCGCUUACCAAGCAUGUUUAAGGGAGAUGGUGUCGGACAGUCCCGCGUUGCUGCGCAGCGUGGUGACCCACACGAUAUACAACGAGCUGUCGAACGCGCGCUCGCCCAACAACAUGGCCGUGCUCGCCGCGCUCGUGCACGCGCAGCCGCAGCUCGUGCCCGCCGCCAUCGCCGAGACAUAUCAGGAGCUGCUGUUCCGUUCUGAGGACUACCUGCGUCCGAUGCGGUCGAUGUUGCGCGAAUGCGUGCGCGCCGCGCGCUCCGAGACGCAGGCGCUGCUGCCGCUCGCCGCCGCGCUCGCAGCGCCCCCGCACCACGAGCCGCCGCAGGAGAUUCGUGAACGCGCAUUCCAGUCGCUAGCGGACUUGUUCGCGUGCUGCUGCGUAGUAACUGCCGCGCACAGCAAGCACGCGCCGGAGUACCGCGCGCAGCUGUGCGCGCUGCAGCAGCACGCGCUCGCCUGGCUGCUCGAUACUGCUGUGCCGGUGUAUCGCCCUGCGCGGCAUGACUACCAGCAUGCACUCAACAAGAUAAUGUUCGUGGAGGCGGCGGAGGCGUACAGCAAGGCGGACAACUGGCCGCCGGAGUCGGAGCGCGCGCUCUGCUACCGGCUGUGCUGCGAGGCGCCGCUGCCGCAGAACACGCUCCUCAGGCUCAUAUUCAUUGGACUUUCUAAGGAUAUGCCGGUGUCUCCAGCGGAGGUGUUCGAGCUGGUGGAGCAGCUGGUGCGGCGAGCGUGCGCGCUGCCCGCUGACGACCUUCCGCUGCAAGUCGACAAGCUGGAGAUAGUCGACUACAUCUUCCAGCUGUGCCAGUUCAAUCCACCUGAUAAUAUCACAUUACCACCAGGUUACAGUCCGCCAGCGCUGGUGAUAACAUCCCUGUACUGGCGAGGCUGGAUGCUGCUGACGAUGCUCGCGGCGCACAACCCUCAGGGCUUCGCUGAGAGGGCCGCCGCCACCUACCCUACCCUGCGAGCUCUUAUCGAAAUGUGCAUCACAGGCAAGCCCAGUAUAGAGUGGAGUGCUAACAGCGGGGAGGCGGAGCGGGCGGAGGCGGAGCGCGCGGCCAUCCUGCAGCUGGAGACGCACCUCGCCAGCGCCAGCAACUCCAAGCUGCCCGUCACGGAGCACACCUCGCGACUGCUCAGUCAGUUAUCAGUGCUGGACGCGCUGGGGCCGGCGCGGCGGCCGCCGAACGGCGUGGCGGAGGCGCUGGCGGCGCUGAGCACGCAGCUGCGGCUGGGCCGGCUGCUGUGCCGCCAGCCCGCGCUGCUGCUGCAGCUGGUGGAGCGCCACGGCACGCGCCGCGCCAUGCCCUGGCUGCACCAGCUGCUCAAGCAUGACCAGCUUGAACUCAGUGUGUUGCCUGUGCAAUGCCUGUGCGAGUUCCUGUCAGCGGGCGGUGCUGGGGGCGGGGCCGGGGGCGGGGCGGGCGAGGCGGGCAAGGCGGGCGAGCUGUGCGCACACCUGCGCCGCACGCUGGCCAGCGAGGAGGGCGCGCGCGCUGUACUGCACUACUACAUGCAGCGUCUCGCACACUCGCACAAACACACGCGAGCUGCCGCUAACAGGGGCCUCAAACUAGUUCUAUCGCAAUCUGAAGACACAGUGGAGAUGGACUACAAUGCGGAUGUUAGUCCCGAGGAGUGGCUAGGGCUGCUGUGGCAGCUGCGGCACUGGGGCGCGGUGCGCGGGGAGGCGGUGGCGCGCGUGCGGGCCGCCUGCCUCGUGGAGUGCGCGCCGACACACCUCGCCGCAUACCUCGCCUUCCUCGCCGACCACGUCGAUGGUACUCCAGAACUGGACCAUACUGAUAUUGUACUAGAUUUGAGUCAAGUGCUGAUGGAACGCACGACAGUGACGCACUGCGUGCUGCCGCCAGUGGACAGUCGCGAGGCCGCUGGCGCCAGUCAGCACCAGCACCGCGCGCUGCACUCCCUCACACGCAUACUGCACGCGCAUCUUAGACAAUGUAUCCGCAGUGGUGUGGAUGAGGAGGAGGAGGAGCCGGAGGGCGUGGAGGAGGGCGGCGAGGGGUGGGGCGGCGGCGAGCGCGUGCUGCUGCAGUGGUCGGGCGGGCGGCGCGCGCGUCUGCACGUCGUGCUCGUCCACGCACAUCUCAAGCUCCUCUGCUACGGACCUUCCAUCUAUGACACGAACCAGGAGAUGUACUUGUGGCUGCAGACGAUGUGGGUGGGCGGGGAGGGCGGGGCGUUAGGUGCGGCGGGGGCGGGCGCGGGGGAGACGCUGCUGCCCGACUGGCUGCGGCUGCACCUGGUGCGCUCGGCGCGCCCGCCCCUGCUGGAGGCGGGGCUGCGCGCGCUGCCCGCCCACAAGCUAGCACUCUUCAUACAGACCUUCGGAAUGCCCGUCGCCUCCAUGAGUGCUUUACUGGGUGCGCUGGACGCGUGCCCCGCGGGUGCUGUGGUGCGGCUGGGCGUGGAGCGCGGCUACAUGGCGCAGCUGCUGACGGUGCAGCGCGCGCGCGGCGCUACCGGCGGCGCGGCUUUCGCUGCGGCCCUAGGGCUGCAGCCGCCACAUCUACCACCCGACGACACUCAGUUCGCGGAGGAGGUGCUGCCCGAGGAGACGGAGUCAAUAUGGGACAUGGGGGGCUGGGCCGGGGGCGGAGUCUCCGCCACGCCGCGGCUCGAGCCUGAGCUAGUGGCAGGGCUGCUGGCUGCAGUCUUCGACGCACAGGACUGUCACUUCGACGUCGAUACUGCAUGCACACAACUAAUUGCAUUUAUAGCGGAGGAGGGCAGCCGCGGCGAGGAGGGCCCGUACACGAGGUCCGCGUGCGGGUUCCUGCGGGGCGUGGCGCCGCACGCACUGGCGCGCCGCCCCGCGCACGCCGCCGUGCUGCUGCGCACGCUGCACGCCGCCCGCCCGCGCGCACUGCCCGAGAUAGCACGAUCUUUGCUGUCGACGGGCAAGUGUGUGUCGGGAGCGGUAUCGGAGCUGCUGCAAGCGGCGGCGGCGGCGUCGGGGGCGAAACCCGAGGCCCUCGCCCCGCAACUGCCGCACAACGCAACCAAAGAACACCUCGUCGCAGCACUUGAAGCAACCACACCCAGGACGUUAGAAGCGGUCGGUAACCACAUAAUAGAGACGCAGGACACCCAGAUGGUGGUGGAAGUCAUCUCCAUACUGCUGGAGAAGAGCCAAGAAGGACAUUACGAAACUAAGGUGAAGUGCGAAACUCUGGAGGAGGAGGAGGAGGGUGCGCACGUGUUCUCACGCCGCGGACUGGGCUGCGGCCUGCUGCUGGACUGGCUUGCUGAACUGCAGCGAGAGACCCUUGGCAGACAGAUGAAAUUGAUGUUUGUCGCUGGCGGCGCCCCCUGGCGGCCAUUGUUGGUCACGCUGCUGGCUCACCGCGCCUCCUGGAAGACCCUGCACUCCUGCCUCACCACAUUGUUGGAGCCUCAAGGCGGUUGGUCAGCGAGCGCGGUGCUGGACUUCGCGGCGACGCUGUCGGGCAGUCCGCGCGUGUGGCAAGGCCGCGACCGCGCCACGCCCAAACACUACGAGCACGAGGACACGCUGCGGCUCACACACAAACAGUUGGAGGUGCUGAUUGGGUACGUGGGUGCGGAGGGCGCGGCGGCGGACGCGGAGUCUGCGCGGCGGCUGGCGGAGGCGCGGCUGCCGCUGGUGCUGCGCUGCUGCGGCGCCCCGCACGCGCUGCUCGCCGCCGCGCUGGCAGCCGCGCGGGACCACCCCCUGCUGCUCCUACUGUUGUAUAUGAAGGUGCCGAAGAUAGUGCAACUUAUGAGGGAAAGUGAAGACCGCGCAGUCGGGGGUGCGCUGCAGUCGCUGGAGGAGCUGGCUGGGGGUGCUGGGGGUGUUGGGGGUGAGGCGGUGCGAGCCGCGCGCGCCUCAACCUGCGCCACUGACCGCGUGUCUCACGCGCUGCUUACCGCGCUCGCGGCCACGCAUACACACUCCAAAGAUCUCGCCCAGAGAGCUUGGCGUAUAGAGUCGCUCGCGCGUGCGCUGUGGUGCCGCGUGCGCGGCGCGGGCAGCCGCGCGCUGCCGCUGUGCGGGGCGCUGCUGCGCGGCGUGCGCGCGGAGCCCUGCCGCACGCCGCCGCACGCGCACCUGCUCGCAGCGCUCGAGGUGCUGCCCGACGCUGACCUCUUCUCGCAAGACAGUGACGAGUUGUACGAGAUACUGGAGUGCUUCCUGCACAUAAUGCGGCAAGGCGAGGCGGGGGCGCUGGCGCAGCGCGUGGCGGGCCUCAUGCGCCGCUACGCCGCCGCGCGCCCGCAGCGCGCCGCCGCCCUGCUGCACGCGCACAGGGACACCAUCGCUAUGAUGCCGGGGCUAGUUGGCGCGUGCACGGGCGAGAUGGGCGCGCCCGCGUCCGCGCUGCCGCCCCCGCAGGCCGUGCUGGCGCUGCAGCGACGCGUCGCGCCUCCGGAUGAACUGGCUGUACAUGUACAGGAGAUAGAGGCGUGGGGCGUGCGGCGCGGCGGCGCGUGGGGCGGGCGCGGCGCGGCGCAGGCGGUGGUGCGCGCGGCGGCGCCGCUGGCCGCCUCGCCGCACGCCGCGCUGCGCACCGCCGCGCUCUCGCUGCUCGCCAAGGUGCUGCCCGCCGUGCCGGACUCCACACCAGGUCUACAAGCUAUAAUGGAAUGUCUAGACUCAAAUCAGCCUGAAGUGGCUCAGUCCGCACUGGAUAAGAUGUCUGAGCUGAUAGUGGGAGUGCAGGAGCACGCGGGGCGCAUCCUGGCGCGGGUGUUCGAGCUAGGCAUGCGCUCGCGGCUGCCAGUCGACGUCUGCAUCGCGCGGUGUGUCGCCGCCAUCAAUUUACAAAGAGGUUGCUGAAAAAACCGUUUGCCUGUCUAAAUACGGGCAAAAAAUAGUGAUAUCCGACUCGAAGGACCAGGAUGGAACUGUUUGACAAUGAAUUUACUUAGUGUUGUGUAUAUAAACUGAAUUGUGGAGUGUUUUCUGUUGAUUUAUUAGUGUAAAAACUGUCUUCUGAAAUAAGAAAAUUUAUUUUAUAGUAAUGUUUUAGUAUCAUAGAUACCUAGAUGUUAUUGUAAAUACUUUAAUCUUAAAAUUUGUAUUGUAUUAAUUCAAAUAGGCCCAAAAUAAAACGAAUAAUUAUAAAACAUUGUUUUUAUUAUAAAACAUUUAUAUUGGUAUAGAAUUUUAAGCUCAAUUAUUAGAGUAAAAUGAGGUUCUUCAUAUUUAAAAACAC